GUUGUUUUCUCAUUCGAUAGCAACAUUUCAAAACCAUAAGUGGCUUCUCUUGCGUGUAAAAUUUUCAAUCGUUCAAGUCGUGAAUGAUGCAAAUUCUACUAAUAUUCAGUGUGCUUUUCUGUGCAAGUGCUGCAGCACAAGAAGUUUUCGUGAACUGUUCGUACACCUUCCGCAACUCAAGAUACGCAUGCGAUCUAUCCAUCAACAAUCCGGAUGCAUUGAACAACUUUACUGAGGUUGGAGGAACCCAUGCUGAUAGCUGCACAAAUGACGACGUUCUUUCCAUCGGAACGGAAUUUAAUGAUGACAUAAAUAGUGCAAACUUCCCCAGCAUCGUCUGUUAUACAUUCCCCAACAUCGAAGUGGUGAAUAUAAGCGGUGGUGAAUUGACCGUGAUCGACGAGUGGGCAUUCGGUAAAUGUUCACGUAUCAGUUCGCUAACGUUGCACGAUAAGAUCAAUUCAAUUUCGGCGAAUGCCUUCUCAACUUUGGCGAAUUUAACUUUUCUCGAUCUAUCGGACAAUACACUUCGUACACUGCCAGCAAAUGUGUUCGAGAGUCUGGUAAAUCUGCGUGAACUGUAUCUGACCAAUGCCAGCGUCAAUCAAAUCGGUUCAUGGUUUCGUGGCGCUGGUCUAUGGAAUCUCCGAAUUUUGAACUUGAACGACAAUCGAAUCGGUUCGAUUUCAUUUGCCGCAUUCGCUGGACUAGAAAACCUUCAAAUGUUGCAGUUGAAUCAAAAUCAGCUCUCAUCAAUUGCAUACGGCGCAUUCGUGGGACUACCAAAUCUACAGGAACUACAAAUUAGUAACAAUCAAAUCAUUAACAUCCCUGCUGGCAUUUUCGGCAACCUGCAAAAUCUUUUAAGUUUGCUUUUGAAUGGCAAUCACAUUAGUACACUUACUGCUGGAGCAUUCGCUGGUUUGCGAAGUCUUCAACGCCUAGAUUUGCAGGAUAACAAAAUUGAAAAAAUUGCCGUCGGUAGCUUUGACGGUCUGCAAAAUCUUGAAAGUUUGAUUUUAAAGGUAUGUCGAAUCACUGCACUUCCGGUUGGUGUUUUUCGGGGUCUGACAAAUCUGAAUGAGGUAACGUUGUCCAGAAAUGACAUCAGCGAAAUUUCGUUUGGCUCAUUUUACGGAGUAAAUAAUUUACAAGUUUUGUACUUGGACGAAAACCGAAUCGGAACAAUUUCUGAGGGGGCGUUCACUAAUCUUGUAAAUCUUCAGAUGUUAGACCUUACAUCCAAUUCGCUUACUACACUUUCUCCGGGAAUGUUCACCGGCCUGUACAAGCUCAAAAAACUGUACCUGUCCAACAAUUUGAUUGCUCAAAUUUCAGUCGGUGCGUUUGCCGUCCUCUUCGACCUCGAUGUUUUAGAUUUGCUGGGAAACCGAAUCACUGAACUACAAAUUGGUGCGUUCGCCGGGAUGUAUAUUCUACAACAGCUACACUUAUCCUAUAAUCAAAUCUCUGCAAUAUCGUCGGGUAUGUUCGCCGGAUUGUCGAGUCUUCAAAUUUUAACCUUGAACAAUAAUAACAUCUACACAAUGGAACCGAAUUCAUUUGCGAAUCUUGGGCAGUUGAAACGUCUCGAAAUCGACAAUAAUCCGAUCGAAAUACUACGCAACGAUUGCUUUCUUGGCUUGGCUAAUCUGAGCGAAUUGUCAAUCGCUGAUUCGAAUAUCCGUCAAGUCAACCCUAACUCGUUUUCCGGAUUGGAAAAUUUGCAGCGCCUCUACAUGAACAAAAAUAAACUUACGGCUCUUCCGGUUGGAGUUUUUGUGCCAUUGCCAACUGUUAACAUUAUUCAGUUAGCUGACAAUGCGUUGACCACCUUGAGACGGCAUCAAUUUGGUGUAUUAGGAAAUUUGCAAUCUUUGCACCUGGAUCGCAACCGCAUCGAAUCAAUGGACAAGGAAAUUAUUGACGAUGCGACGGAUCUGCAGUCAUUUUAUUUCGUUGCGAAUCAGUGUGCCACUUUUAAUCUGAACGAAAUUCAAUUUAGUCUAGACGGACUCCUAGGCAUGUUGGAGCCAUGUUUUAAGAGUAGGCGUUAAGCAGAAUUGACUAGUCCGCAAGGGAGCCCUUAAUUAUUGAUCAAUUAAACGAGAGAACUUCGGUCAGUUUUUGAAUUUUCAUUAAUGUAACAUCUACGCUACACACAUCAAAAAGCUUCUAUCUUUAGUUGAACGUGUUCGAAAAGCUUUCACUCAAUCAAAAACAACAAAAUAGAAAACUUGAAAUUAAAGCUGAUGAACAGAAGAACA